GGGGGGUGGAGACAAGCUUUCCUCGCAUCCAUAGUGAGGAAAGCGGCGUACAGGCAGCCUCACUGUUGGCUGCUGCAGGGACUUGCAUAAGUUUACAAUAGGGAACACAAAGCUUCUCUCUCGGUUCUUCCCGGCCAUAAUGGGCGGAUGUUUUUCAGUCGCUCAUAUGAGCCACACAGCCCGGUAGGCAUUUUUGUCCCGAUGCUGCUGAACAAACCAGAAUCGUCCACGGUGGAGUGACACUGGGACUCGGAACAAGUGACCCGCCUAACAUAGUUAGAAGUGCGGCUAUUUUUGAGAGACGCAACAUUGUACCCAGGAGGAAUCAGCGCAUGGUUACAUCCACGGACCCCAGCGUGAUAUUUCUGCGCCUAAUAUUGCAGAGCAACCUCCGCGGCUGCUUCCCCGUGGGGCGGCUCUGAAAAGUGGACGGUCUGGUUUGUUUUCUCCAUCCACUUACAGCCUGCAUGGAACAAAGUGUGCUUUCUGAAACAUAACCUGCGGUGUUGAGGUGGAUCCAGGCGGUUUGUCAGCGUGGGGUUUUAUGCGGUAACAUUGCCUGUCGAGAGUCCAGCUUCUGCCGACUUACAUCAUGAGGACCACCGAGGAGGCAGAGGGCUUUGACGGCGAGGCCUCCAACACCUCCAUGAUCUCCGGGGCCAGCAGCCCGUAUCAACCCACCACUGAGCCCGUCCUUUCGAGGAACGUUCUGGGGGGGAUAAGGUGCGACAUGGAGUACCUAAAGUCAUACUUUGGGAUUUUAAAGGUGGUUGAAGUGGUCCUAUCACUGAUUGGAUUCAUCUGCAUAGAGACUAUCAUGAUGUGUUCUCCCUGUGGGGGGGUCUACUUCUUCGAAUUUGUCAGCUGCAGUUGCUUCGUGGUGACCGGAGUCCUCCUCCUCAUAUUCUGCCUCAAACUGCACACCAAGGUGCCCCAAUUCAACUGGAGCCUUCCGGACCUGGUUAACACAGCUUCCAGCACCUUCUUUUUCUUCUUGUCCUCUCUUGUGUUGGCCUUCAUCAACCACAAGACUGGAGCUGAAAUAGCAGCUGUGAUCUUCGGCUUCCUGGUGACAGGUGUGUACGGAGUCAACACCUUCCUGGCGGUACGAAGGUGGCGCCGUGGCAAUGGGUGUCAGGGUGCGAAUCAGACCAGCGAGUACAUGCGAGCGCGCACGGCGUCUCGCGGAGAAAUGGAGGCCAGACCCGAGCUUGCAUGAACACUGGCAGAGAAUCAGACAGACUAGAGGAAAAACACACUGCCAGCACCAGACUGAGAGGGAGUCUGCCUUCAGAUCAGCAUCUCAUUCAAGUGUCCAGUGGAGGGGCAUCUCAAGCUAAACACAUGCUUUGACUUCUCAUCACAGCAUCUCAGUUGUGCUUUCUCCCACCCAUGAAUAAGUCUUUAUUUCAAAGCCACAGAUGAGCACUAAGGUUUGGUUUAUCCGGCCUCCGGGCUUCAGUGACACAUACUGACUCUAGAGUAAAGUGCUCCCGUCAGAAGUGAAGGUAUUCUCUGUAAAACGUUUUAUCCACAUUUCUUUUCCAAGUAGCAUGAAGGAUGACUCCAACGAAGAGCCAAAACUAAAAAUGGCUGACUUCACUCCAACGAGCACUAACUCCUGUUCUGGCGUAGGUGUUGACUUUUUAAAAGGUUUUGUGUUUCACUGUGAAUGAAGUUAAGUUGAAGAAGGUCAACUUUUUGUACAGUUUGCUUAUUUUACGCCGCUGUCUGUGGUAAUGAAUGUGGCCGUGGAUCCAGGACGCCAAGACCUGCAGUAUAUAUUAACCUGCUACACGACAAAGGCACCACGACUUUACUGUUAUCUCUCAGAUACUGACAUCAGCCUUUGGUUAUCAAGGCUGACAUUAGAUAUUUUAAUCUCAAGAUUACACAUGCUGAUGUGUGUUUCUCCUUUGUCUACACUAACUUUACAAAUGCCUCUAACACCUGACCUCUAGUUGCUUUGAAUAUCUCUGCUGCCAACAAGUAAACAUGAUCAGUACAGGGUCAUUCUUAACUGCAAUAAAGACAGCAGUGAAACAGACUGAACACAAAUGCAUCUGGUGGGAUUGAAACAAUUGUGAGACCAAAAUAAAAAUCCUUCAUUUCA